UCCUCGCAUCAGCAAGCACAUUGCAGCCCCCCCGUGGGUGCCCAGCCCCCUUUGAAUGGAAACGCUUUUCAGCCACGAUUCGUCACCUAGCCCGUGUCUGUCUGCAAGACGCGCCUCCCAGGGCGAAGUUUGUCCGCGCGCGGGAGACGGCGCGAGUUGUCAGCGCUGUCUGACUGGCUACCCCGGCGCGCUGCCGGCCAGCGGCCCGACAUACAGCGCCGAGAUACAGCCCCGCCGGCGCCCUGACACACAGCCCCGCGACACGGCUCCUCCAGCAAAGGUCUGCGGGGCACCCUCCACACCGACGCUGCGGGAGGAUCUCGGACCAGCCAGCGGCUUGACUCAGUUCUACUUUCACAAUUCCUUCAAUUUGUUGUCCCUGAAGCGUUAUAAAAUUGAUGGCUCUCAGGUGCCAACUCCAUAGAACAUAGAGAGGAUAAAAGGCAAACAUAAUUGUCAAAGGCAAGGAUAAGUAACAGUCAUCAGACGUGAAACUCAACAUGGCACAUGAUCAGCUACCAAACAACACUUUGAAGAACACUUCGGUCCCUGUGUUCACUGGCCUUGACCUCCUCUUUGACCUGAAGCCCCUCUUCAUUCCCCUCUACGCCACUCUGGUUGCAGUGGCUUGCACAGGCAAUUUACUCCUCAUUCUCCUUAUCAUCAUCACCAAAAAACUGCACAGCACCACUAACUUCCUUAUUGGAAAUCUAGCUGCAGCUGACCUGAUCAUGUGCAUUUUCUGCGUCCCACUGACUGCAUCCUAUGCCUUUGAGAUCCGGGGCUGGCUUUUUGGGGUGUUCAUGUGUUACUUUGUCACCUUGAUGCAAACUGCUACUGUAUUUGUGGCUGUACUGUCCCUCACAGCUAUUGCAGUGGACCGAUAUAUUGUUGUUGCUUACCCCAUUCGCAAAAGGCUAAGCCACAAGUCCUGUAUCUACAUAGUGGCCUUCAUUUGGUUACUCUCCAUUGUGGUUUCUAUGCCUACUUCUCUGCACACCCAUUAUCUGGAUCUCAAUAAGAUUGGCCAUAACAUGUUCAUCUGUGAAGAAUUCUGGAAGCACCAAGAGAAAGAGAGGCUGCUGUACUCAUGUUCAAUGCUCCUUUUGUCCUACAUGCUCCCACUUUCUGCAGUGUCUAUCUCCUACUGUGCCAUUUCUUAUCGCCUCAGGAAGAGGAAUGUCCCAGGGGCUGCCUACCACAAUCAAGACAAAUGGACCAAUAAAAAGAAAAAGACCUUCCGUGUUCUCAUUAUUUCAGUCAUGUGCUUUGCUGUCUGCUGGCUACCUCUGCAGGUAGUGAACCUCAUCAGAGAUGUAGAUGAGGAGUUUACCAUCUUGGACAAGAAGUACGUGAAUGUCAUUCAGGUGUCAUGUCACUUGAUUGCUAUGAGCUCUGCCUGUUAUAACCCUUUCAUCUAUGCCUCCCUUCAUGACAAAUUCCGAUUCCAUGUUAAUAACUAUUUUGGCCGUCACAAGAAGACGUCCAGCACAUUGUCCCGCAAGGCCUCGCGAUUCAAUACGUGCUCAACCUUGGCAGAUAUUCCCAUGGGCAUCACCGAUAAGUUAACCCUGCAAGGCAGGUUCUCUUUUAACUAAAAUAUUGUAGGAGAUCAAAUCAGCAAAGGUGGUAUGCACCAUAAUUUUGGGCUUGCUAUAUUGGACAUGGAUACUUAUUGUGCAAGUUAUGUGAUACUGAUAUUUGGUCAUUUCAGGAAACAAUAGUUGUCUAAGAACCUGAAAGAAGAACAAAGAAAAUAGACAGAUGGAUUUUGUGUCUGAAGAGAUAGAAAUAGCUCAUCUGAGCAACUGAAGUGCAUUUUGCUCUUUGUCUAAAUGAGCAAAUUCAACAACCAAAUUGGCAAUCUUCUAAGUUUAAGUUAAUUCUAUACAGCUUUUACUCAUUAACAUUGUCCUCUUUUUGUAUAGGUUGAUGUUAUGGGAGAAGCAGGCAUUUCCUCUUGACUGAAUUCAGUUCAAAGGUUAAAAGUCUUUACAUAUGAAACAACAGCCAUUUGCUCUGUUGCAACAGACCAGUAAACAUACCCUCAAAAUUAAAGAACACAUGUUUAGCUAUUUUAUUAUAAAUAUAAUGAUUUUCAGAAAUGGGAUGAAAAUAUAUAUGCUUAAUGUUGUACUUGUUUUCUGGUGCCUAAAAGGGCACAAAAAGUCAAGUGUGGAUCAGUAAAUUUUUAUGCAAAAAGGGAACUAGACACCCAAGAGCGAUAUUUGUUUGCACAGAUCAGUUUGCAAGCCUACAGGAGAAUUUUGGCACAUUCAAACAUGUUGGCAACCAAAGUAACAUUAAAAGUUGUGACAAAAUGUUAGCUUCCACACACAUUUUGGAGUUCAGUUUCACACAGAUUCCAAGGUCAGUGUGUGGACCGUAAGACAGUUUUUGUCAAAUGGCACAUUGCUUAUGAUGAUUAAUCAGAUUUCUAUGGCAUCUAUCAGCAUAGUAUCUGUGUGCCAUAUACAGAGAUUAGAUCAAGUCUAAAACAAGCAUUUCCCUCAAAAUAGGUGUCAGCAUAUCCAUGGUGACAGCUAGGCCCAGGCUCAACAGAUCCCAAGAUGGAGAAAACCCAGCAGGAAGGUGAAAGCCAAGGACCACCAGAAGUACAUAUAAUGGAAAGACUGGACAUAAAGGGCUCUGUAAAAAGUAGCCAAGUUUUACUACUUAGAGUUCGAACAGUACCUCAAUAUGAUGCAGGGGUAUAAUAUCUGAAAUAGGGGAUUGCUCAUGGAGUUUUGUCAUCAGCGAUGAAGACUGGUCCAAAAUAUCUCCUGGGGCAUUAUGUGAGGUGAACAGGUCCACAGGCAGCAAAGACACUGGGCAUCAGCUGUGCUUCACUACUUGAGGUAAAGGAAAUCUCAGAGAAAUUUACAACGUCUUGUAUGGCACAUGGGAAGCCAGUACUGGGAGACUAGGAAAGGUCUGCAUUACUGCACCUCAGUCUCAUCCCAGAGGGACAAUGUAUUCUCU